AUGCAACUCAAAGUGGCCAGCCCAUGGCCCAACCUUCGCGGCGUCUACGUGGAGACAGACCGCUUUGAAGGUCGCCCAGCUUUUGUGAAAAGAGACAGCUCGGAGACCUGGAUCUUCUUCUCCGCUCGAUUCGGCACGUUAGAGUCGUUUCUACGCUCCUCCACAGAUGCGGAGUUGCCUGAGCUUGCCGCGUGGCCGGCCGAUGUCACCUUUGUGGGCGAGACCGAGCAGACUGAUCAGGUCACAGUCCCCGUGGUGGAACAGACCUGCAGUGACUGCAGGGCUCUUCAGGACCUUUCGGAGGAGCUGAGCUGCUCGCACUGUUGUCCUGAGACGGCUGACGUUGUCAGAGCUCUGACUCUUUUGCGCCCCGUUGUUGGAUCCUCCGAACUCCAGAUGCUGGCGAAGAGCUGCAAUGUAGAGGCUACCAGGCAUAUCUUGGAGAAAGUCUUUCAGGUCUCUCAAUCUAGCUCACCGGAGCCGGUCUUUAUCCGGCAGCCGCCAACCUGUCUGGAGAUUGGGGCAGGCACCGCCUCCAUUACCUGCCAGGCUGUCAGCCUUCAGAGCCCGGUGCGCUACCAAUGGUACAAGGAUGGUCUUGCGCUUCACAGGGCUGAGCGGCCCCGGCUGGUAGUGACUGGAACUCCUGCUGAUGAAGGCAUCUACACUUGCACUGCCACAGUUGGCGCAGCUUCAAUUUGCUCGUCUCCGUGCAUGCUUCGUCUUUCAGAAUCUGCGCAUGCCGCACGUCAAGCGGAGGCAGCGCGACGGACGCGCGUAGAGUCUCCGAUGCGCCGAGCUGCCGGAGCCGUGCAGCUGGGACAGCUUCCACGGGCAGUGACACUUCUUGCAGAGGCCGGGCCGCCGGGCCACAGCACACAGCGGGCAUUUGCAAGUUGUUGUUAA